AUGACUACCUUCUUGGGUCCUGGAGUGCUCAAGGUUGAGUUCCUCGAACUCAUCACCGCCGACUACGGCUGGACAGCCAUUCUAUCCGGCUUCGGCAUCCUCGCUGACGACUUCCCGGAGCAGAAACUCAAGUUUUGGGAUUUGAAGGGCGCGAAGGAGAGAGGCUAUAUCGUCUUCAAGGAAGGGAUCCACGUUCCGUUCUCGCCGUUUCUGGGUGUUAUCGGCGUUGCGCCCGCGGAGGACGGUGAGUUUGGGAUGGUGCCGCCGCUCGAGACGGGUGGGAAUAUCGACACGCGACACAUCACCGUUGGGUCGGUUUUAUACCUACCCGUGAAGGUACCGGGUGCGCUGCUGAGUUGUGGGGAUGGACAUGCGGCGCAGGGAGAUGGGGAGGUGUGUGGGACGGCCGUGGAGACGCCGAUGAAGGCUAGGGUGAGGGUGUCGGUGGAGAAGGGGAAGGGGAAGCGGUGGGUGAAGAGUCCGUACAUCAUUACGGCGCCAAGUGCGGCAAGACCAGAGAUGAAUGUUGGGGAUGGGAGGGAGUUUGUAUAUUUGGGGAUUGAUGAGGACAUUAGGGAGGCGACGAGGAAGGCGGUAAGAGGGGCGGUGGGAUGGUUGGUCGAGGAGAAGGGGUUGGAGAGGGAGGAGGCGUAUAUGCUCGCGAGUGUUGCGGGGAGUUUGAAGAUGUGCGAGGUGGUGGAUAUGCCCAAUUACGCUAUUGGAUUCGCGGUGCCUUUGGGUAUAUUCGUAGAGGAGGGAGGUGGGCUGUGUGAAUGA